AUGCCACCGUCGACGAAGCGCUCGAACAGAGCCCGAAAAGAAAUAGUGAACCAUGACGGCGACGUCCCCGAUUCAUCCCCCUCGCGCCCAACCAAGAGACGAAAGAAGGAAAAGAUUGAGCUAGAAACAGAAUUGGAGUCCGCGGCCCCCGAACCAGCAAGACUCCCCCUCGAUCGCGACGGUAUCGCUCUGAGCGAUGACGAAUUGGUGGCCACGAUCGUGCCUCACUUACAGCUACCAGACCACCCGGUUCAGGCCUGUCAAGAUCAUGCCAACGCCCUCUACGAGAAGCACAAUAAGGAAGGCGUUCAAGCUUACGCGAAGCUAGCCGGAAAGGAUUGGACCUUUUAUGUGAAGAACUUGAACAACGUUAUUGGACGUCCACCAGAAGGCGCUCCCGCUGCGACCCGUAUGGUCAGGCCAGAUGGUACGGGAAUGGCCGAAGGUGUGCACAUUGAUUUGGGUCCAAGCAAGAUGGUAUCUCGACUUCACGCAGAAAUCUUCUUUGACUCAAAUACCGAGCUAUGGAAUGUUCAUGUCCAGGGCAGAAAUGGGAUCAAGGUCAAUGAUAAACCGCGCCGAAAAGGAGAGAAAAUCCCUCUAGUCAGUGGGCAUGUGAUCGAGAUUGCUGGCAUUGAGAUGAUGUUUGUCUUACCAGUACGGGAGAGAAGUCUCCAUGUUGACAAUAAAUAUCUUCUGAGAGCUGGACUCAUUCAAGGGCCGGAAGAAGAUAACGGGGAUGAGACGGAGGCACCGGCGUCGUCUCAGACUGCAUCUGGUAACCCUCGUGGUCACAUUGGUUCGGGCCCUCUACCAAUUGCUCCUGCUCCACCGAAUUAUCAGCGUCCGGGAACACCCCUCAGUGCUCGUUCUAAGGCUGAUUAUGCCAAUGGGAAAUCAUCAUAUCCUGGCGGUGCCGUCAUGAACUCUGAAAAUGUGGACUUGAGCCUCGAGAAGCAUCACACGCAAAAGCCAUCCUUCAGCUAUGCACAAAUGAUUGCGCAAGCAAUACUUUCCACUGAGACUGAGCAGUUGAAUCUGAGUGGUAUCUAUUCCUACAUCCAAGAUUCAUAUUCAUAUUACCGACACCAAAAUGCCGGUGGCUGGCAAAACUCCAUCCGACAUAAUCUCUCUCUGAACAAAGCAUUCAUCAAGAUUGCGCGUUCAACUGACGAGCCAGGUAAAGGGAUGAAAUGGUGCAUCGUACCCGAAUGUAGGGAAGAAAUGGUUAGGAACGCAUGGAAAGGCGGAAGGGGUGGCCACAGAGGAUCUUCGGCACCAAAUUCUCCCGCAAAUCAAAACUCCAUUACGCGUGUUACAAAAGAUGACCAGUCGAGCUCCAUGGUUAAGCCGAAACGACACUCUCCAAGAUCUAAAUCGCCCCUCGCGAGAUCCUUCAUGUCCAAUGUUCCUCAAUUCACGCCUGAUCGCCGAGGGCCUGCAAUGCAAGAUAACAUUCCCGGAGACGGCAGCCCCUUACCCCGUCAUCGAAGGCCUGCGGCAUCAUCUUUUGGGCUGUCUGAUAAUGCUCCUGGAUCUCCGCCUACUAUGUCUUCCUCUUAUUUGCAAGAAGAUGCCGGUUCCAUGGUCACACCUGCUCCAUCCCGGGUACACCCUAGGUUGGCCCCUCCUAGUACUGCGCAGCGCCCGAGUCAACAUAUGCCAACAAGUUCUCCUGCCCCAUUCUGGAAGUACGCCGACAUCGGGGUCACGCCAAUGAAACUGGCAGCUUUUCAGUCGAGUCCUGUAAAAGGAAGACUCGCUGAUAUCCCACCAAGUAGUAGCCCUCCACCACCCCAUCGCGCCUCCGCCGUUACUCCUACUCGUACCGCAACCAUUGCGAAGCUUGAUCCUCCUGCCAUUGAGGAGCCCGACGAAGAGGAAGGAGGGUUUGACUUGACUCGUGGCUUUCAAACCAUCAGCUCAUACCACGCCGGCUCUAUUAGAAUGGGUUUCCCUGUUACACCUGCCGUCAAUGGCCAGCCUUAA